AUGUCCAUUGAAGAUGAUGCUGCUCCUUCUAAGAACAGCGUCUUCAUAGAUAACUGGGUCCAGAUCGGCACACCGGCAAAGACAUGGUCAAGCAGGACAUCUGAGCUUCAACGAUCAGAAGCCGUGAACGUGUCCUUAGGGAAUCUGUUGUCUUACCCAUUUGUGAAAGAGCGAGUGGUGAAGAACAAGCUCGCCUUAAGAGGAGCUCACUACGAUUUCGUGGUGAAGGAACGUUUGAUCUCUGGGAACUCGACUUCAGACCACCCUGCUUUUUCCUUUUCUUAA